AUGCCUUCAUCCCCCAAGUUCUUCCACGCGCGCCAACCCCCUUCCGCUCUCAGACCAACCGUCUUGCUCGUCGGGUUCUGCAUCGUGUUCGGCCUCUCCGGGUUCAUCUUCGGACUCGUCUCGCUUCUCCACCCAAGCCACCAAUACAAGUGCCUGACGAGCAAGUCCAGAUCGGUAAAGGUGAUUUGGGAGAGAGGUAGUAGUAGCAGCAGCAGCAGUCAAAACGGUCUCGUUUUGAAUGUUGGAGAUGGGAAUGACAAUAACAAGAGGAAGAAAGUGAUGGGAUUUGUGGGUAUUCAAACUGGGUUCCGAUCCACGGGUCGCAGACAAUCUUUGAGGAAGACUUGGAUGCCGUCCGAUGCCCUGGGCCUACAACGCUUGGAAGAAGCCACUGGGUUGGCUUUUAGGUUUGUGAUUGGUAAAACCAAGGAAAAACAAAAGAUGGCGGAACUUGCAAAGGAGGUAGCCGAAUACGAUGAUUUCUUGCUAUUGGAUAUUGAAGAGGAGUACAGUAAGCUCCCCUACAAAACGUUGGCUUUCUUCAAAGCUGCCUAUGCACUUUUUGAUGCUGACUUCUAUGUUAAAGCUGAUGACGACAUAUACUUAAGGCCAGACCGCCUUUCACUGCUCUUGGCAAAAGAGCGUUCUCACUCACAGACUUACCUUGGGUGCAUGAAAAAGGGCCCAGUCUUCACUGACCCAAAACUUAAAUGGUAUGAGCCACUAUCCUUUUUGCUCGGGAGCGAAUACUUUCUCCAUGCUUAUGGUCCAUUAUACGCUCUCUCUGCUGAUGUUGUUGCAAGUUUGGUCGCUCUUAGGAACAACAGUUUCCGAAUGUUUAGUAAUGAGGAUGUCACAAUUGGUGCGUGGAUGCUUGCUAUGAAUGUCAACCAUGAGAACAAUCAGGCAUUGUGCUCACCACGGUGUACAUCAACAUCUAUCGCUGUCUGGGAUAUUCCUAAAUGCUCAGGGCUCUGCAAUCCGGAAACCGAAUUGUUAGAACUCCACCAAAAGGACAGCUGCUCAAAAGGUCCGACGCUGGAAUCUGAUGAUUAG